AUGUCCCUCCGGCGCCUGCUCUGUGCUGCGGCCUCCCGGCGGCCGGCUCCCGUGAGAUGCAGACGAGGCAGCCCCCUGCACACGGCCCCGGCGGCCUGUUCGGACAGGAGUGCCCCCGUGUUCAGCCGGGCCCUGGCCUUCGGGGACCGGAUUGCCCUCGUUGACCAGCACGGCCGCCACACGUACAAGGACCUCUACCACCACAGCCUCCGCCUGUCCCGGGAGCUGUGCCGGCUCCUCGGGUGUGCCGGCGGGGACCUCCAGGAGGAGAGGGUCUCCUUCAUGUGCUCCAAUGACGUCUCCUACGUGGUCGCGCAGUGGGCCUCGUGGAUGAGCGGGGGCGUCGCUGUCCCCCUCUACAGGAAGCACCCGCAGGCCGAGCUGGAGUAUGUCAUCCGGGACUCCCGGAGCGCCGUGGUCCUUGCUGGCCGGGAGUACGUGGAGCUGCUGGGCCCGGUGGUCGGGAGGCUGGGGGUCCCACUGCUGCCCCUCCCGCCCACGGUCUACGGUGCGGCGGCCGAGGCGCCCGGGGAAUGGCGGGUGCCGGAGCAGAACUGGAGAGACCGAGGCGCCAUGAUCAUCUACACCAGCGGGACCACAGGGAGGCCCAAGGGCGUCCUGAGCACUCAUCACAACAUCAGGGCCAUGGUGACGGGGCUGGUCCACAAGUGGGCAUGGACUAAGGACGACGUGAUCCUCCACAGUCUCCCGCUCCACCACGUGCACGGCGUGGUCAACAAGCUGCUGUGUCCCCUCUGGGUGGGCGCCACCUGUGUGAUGCUGCCCGAGUUCAGCGCAGAGCUGGUUUGGGAAAAGCUCUUAAGUUCUGAAGCUCCACGAAUUAACGUAUUUAUGGCAGUGCCUACAAUAUAUGCCAAGUUGAUGGAUUAUUAUGACAAACAUUUCACUCAGCCUCACGUCCAGGAUUUUGUACGUGCGGUCUGUGAGGAGAAAAUUAGACACAGCCCAGCGUCCUUCGGCUGGCGAAGCAGUAGCAAACAGUGGCCGGUGCGCACCGCGGAAUUCCGCUCGGCGCCGGAAAGGACAUGUGUCCAUGUGGACGCCACACCCCGUGAAGGGACCCAAAAGGCCAUGUCCUGUUCCGUGGGGACCCCGCUGCCAGGUGUGGAGGUACGCAUUGUCUCAGAAAACCCCAAGAAGGAGGGCUAUCCCUACGUGCUCCACGCGGAAGGAAAUGAGAAGGAGACAAAGGGAAGCGGGGAGUGUAAGCACACGUGUACCCACCGUGUCCGUGAGAGCAGCAGCUCGCUGUGGGAGCGCCGGGGGCCAGAGACCCAGGCAAAGAGGGAGCCCCUCACACGGGGCUGCCUGGGCAGAGGGAGCGAUCCUCUGGGGGGCACGGCUCUGGAGAGGACCCCUGUGUACCCCAAUGCCCGCCAGGGCCCCUCUGUCGCCCUGCUGCUGAGUCGCCGUAUUGUCGGUCCCCGGAUGCUGGCGAGCGUCAUACUGCCCAGUGCUGCCCAAGAGAGGACCGCCGGGGGAAGCGGGAUGGGGGACCACGAAGUCGGGGUGGGGGAGCAGGAGAACUUUCUGCUGCCAGAGACCCCGUGUGACUGUGCACAGCCCAGGAGACCCCACAGACGAAAGGCAGCUGCGGCGGGACUGGCCGCGCCGGGACCCGGCUGGGACCAGGACCCCGCGGUGGGAUGGCCGAGGCAGCUGGGCCUCGCUGCCUCUGUUGUCACGGGCCUGAGAAGGGGCAGCAAGAGACCGAGCUGGGUGGAGAGGGCACCAGCCACCGUGCCUCUGAGCCCUGGUCUCUACGGGCGGGUGGUCUCCAUCAGCCCUUCUGGGACACUGCUGUCUAAGUGGGGACCUCAGGCUGAGGUCACAGCCGUUGGAACUCGGGCUUUGCCGCCUUGCCCUGAGACCCCGCAUCCACCACCGUCCCACGGGGUCACCACGUGGCGGGGAGGGGGGGGAGACACAGCUGUGUUCAAGGACGGCAGGUACUGGAUCCGGGGUCGCACGUCCGUAGACGUCAUCAAGAGCGGCGGCUACAAGAUCAGCGCCCUGGAGGUGGAGCGGCUCCUGCUGGCGCACCCCAGCAUCACAGAUGUGGCUGUGAUUGGAGUUCCAGACAUGACAUGGGGCCAGCGGGUCACCGCAGUGGUGACCCUUCAGGAGGGACACUCACUGUCCCACAGGGAGCUCAAAGAAUGGGCAAGGCUGCUGGGCUGGAAACCCCAGAACAUUCCAGACUCUUCCUCCUGCACCUCCUAUACUCGGCAUCCCCGAGCUGGCACGCACCUCCCGUCAGCCCUCAGGGGCCGACCCGACCUGGGCACCUGGCUUAUUCCCGGCACCUUCCUCGGUUAG